AUUUCAAACACAACCACCACUCUCACAGUUACCCCAUACAUACAAACGUUCAGUAAUCCAAAAAACAGCAAUAUUGUUGGCUCAUCACUCGUGCUGCCCUCCAUCCUCUUUGUAGUCUGUGUGAGUUUGACUGGUUCAGAUUUCACUAUAAAACAUAAAAACUGAACAGGAUUAAACCAAAGUAUGGAUUGAUGAGCAACCUCUGUGUUGUGCCCCGUGGAGAAAUUAGCACUGUGAGGCUAGCUCAGAAAGUACAGACUUCCUUGUUACAGUUUUUCUCGAUUGCUUAAACACUAUAACCAGGCCUCUAAACUAAAAUUUCAAAACCAUAAACGCUAUUGGUCAAAAAGCUCACCCAUUUCCCUGAACUAUAAACACUAUUCCCUGCUUUGACACAUGACUCAAAUUUGGUGAACUGGUACUGCAAAACUCUACACACAAAUCCCUACAUUUUACAGUGCUUACACCAUGUAGUCAUGUAGAAAGCACUAGCAUGCAAUAAUGUUAACUUAAGUCAGCAUAGCUUGAGCCCAAUUAGCACACAAUUAACCAGGUGGAAACACUAGGAGUCAAAAUUUAGCACACACCAAUCAGAACCUGCGAUGGAUAGAUAAAAGGGCCAAAGUCAGCUCAUUCAGGUUUGAAACAAUGGAUCCAAAGAGAUGCAAAGGAAGAGGACGUGGUGGAGAAAGAGGACGUGGUGAAAGAGGAGGACGUGGUGGAGAAAGAGGACGUGGUGAAAGAGGAGGAGGAGGAGGUGGUGAAGGAGGUGGAGGUGGAGAACGACGGCGACAAGGAAGGGGAAGAGCAAGGGCACGAAGACAGUCAGUCUCGGAUGAAAUUCGAGCCACUUUAGUUGACCAUGUCCUUGUCCAUGGGAUGACUAUGAGGGAGGCUGGGCAACGAGUACAACCAAAUUUGAGUCGCUUCACUGUUGCCUCCAUCAUCAGAACCUUCAGGGAGGAAAACAGGACACAGAGACGACCACCUGGUGGAGGCAGGUUAAGGCUUUUGUCGGAGGAGCAAGAGAGGGAACUUGUAAACAUGGUAAUUGCAAAUAAUGUAAUCCGCCUGCAAGAGAUUCAAAGGAGAGUGAUUGAGGAUGAUCAUCUUUUUCGAGGCAUAAAUGCCAUCAGCCUCUCCACAAUUGACCGCAUCCUCCGAAAGAAUCAAUUCCGGAUGAAACAGGCAUACCGAGUCCCUUUCGAACGAAACUCUGACAGAGUGAAAAACCAACGUGUGGAAUAUGUUCAGAGAAUCUUUGAGACUGAAGGACGGCCUGUUCCCCAUGAAAUGAUCUUUGUGGAUGAGGCAGGUUUUAACCUGACCAAAAGAAGGAAAAGGGGGAGGAACAUAAUUGGCCAUCGGGCUAUUGUAAAUGUCCCUGGUCAGCGUGGGGGGAAUGUCACUAUGUGCGCAGCCAUCAGCCAACGAGGGGUACUCCACCGCCAUGCCGUACUAGGACCCUAUAACACUAUGCUUCUCCUUGCUUUUCUUGAUGGUUUAAGACAACAUUAUGUUCCAGCUGGACUACAGGGAACCAGCACAGCCAGAGCAGCCUCACUACGUUGUUGUGUGGGAUAACGUCAGCUUCCAUCGCGCUGCUCUGGUUCGUGACUGGUUUACCAAUAACCCAAGGUUUUCUAAUAUCUUUCUGCCUGCAUACUCCCCCUUUCUAAACCCGAUAGAGGAGUUAUUUUCGGCAUGGCGGUGGAAAGUGUAUGACCGAGAACCUUAUGUCCGUGUUCACCUCCUUCAGGCCAUGGAAGAGGCCUGCCUAGACAUAUCAGUAGAUGCAUGCCAGGGGUGGAUCAGGCAUGCAAGAGGAUUUUACCCCCGCUGCCUGGCUGGGGCCAAUAUAGCCUGUGAUGUGGAUGAGAUUCUCUGGCCUGACCCAGACCAAAGACAAGAUGCUGUGGUGGGAUAAUGUUUCUGGUGUGUGUUGUACUGUAUAGUACAUGAAUGACAAUGUGCCACUGUACAUACAUUGGUUGCGUCUUUUGUGUUUAUCAUGUGACAAGGGUUUUGAAGGGGAGAACCAUAAGCAACCUAAUUGUUUUGGAACUAUUGUUUUGAAUUAAUUGUACCAGUGUGCAAAACUCUGUUGUAGUGUGUGUGUUUUUGAGGGCUUGUGUUUGAUGUCUGAGGGCAAAGUUCGGUUUUUCAGCAGGAGUGAAUAGUUUUGGGUGUAGAGCUUCAUUUUGACCUGGAAAUAGGAUGUUUGGGGAAUUGAGUGAGAUGUUAUGGAUUUGUGUUUACUGUUGUGCGGAUAUGAGGCGUAGUUUCAAGAAAUGUGUUUUAGCAAUCGAGAAAAACUGUAA